CAGCAAUUUGCGACAAAGAAAAAAUCAGAAGGUAAAGGUUGAUGCGUCUGUCCUGAAAAUGUCUCCUGAGAAUGAAAUCGGCUGAAAGACUCUCGUCGUGCCCUCAUCUUCCCCUAUGAUCCAUAUUUUUCAUAUUGAUACCUCCUCACUUUUACUUGUUGUUUUCAUAAAAUCAAAAAGCCAAAAGUACUUAAGAAGUACAUGAGUUUGAGUUCAACUUCAAUGUCGGAGUAGGAGAAUCUGUAUCACUUCAGAAGAAGGGAAAACAAGAAGAGAACCCUUAGGAUCAAACUCAGGUUACCAAAUACCAGAAUCAUACACAGAAGGUUGCCGACCUCGGAAGGUAUGUCGACAAACAGAGGCAGGAGCGACGCUUUCAGGGAAUCGCGUUGAAGAGAAUCGAUCCGAACACGGACCACGAGUCCUACUGUAGGAUUGAAGGAAGUCUUCUAGAUACGGCGGACUGUUCGAGGGCUUCGAAUCGAACGGGCCUGGAACUGUUGGCGAGCUGCAACCGGGGGACGAUCUUGUGGUAGCCUUGGGCAAUGGCCAGCCCUGCACAUGGCGCGCGAAGGUCGUCGAGCAUCAUGAGCGGUCCGGAUACGUCAAGGCCCAAGUUUUGUGCUCCUCCCAAGAUCAAGACCCACCGACCCGGUGAAACGGCUUACCAGGCGAAACACAGUCAGUUUUCCGGCGGCCUCUGGAAGAGAGCAGACUUCAAAUUUGACGUCGGAACAUCGGUCGAGUUUAAGAGGGACGAGGAGAGCAGCAACGAAGCGGAGGGGAAGUGGGCUCUGGGCGUAGUGAUAAAGCACUGGUUGGAUCGCGAGAAUAAGGAUGAAUUCAAGAUGGUAAUCGAGGAAGUGACAGACAAGGAAUCCUGCUGGCGCCAUGCCCUUUAUUCAGAUCUGGCCUUCUUUUCUGGGGAUGCUUCGGCGAAUCUAGUUCGCGCAGGACCAGAAACGGAGCGCUUUCUUCAUCCGAACGAAUUCGUGGGGAAACGUACUAAAAAGAUGAAAAGUAGCAACGCCAGGAGCAUCGUGGUGCAGACGAUUCCAUCUAGCAAGCAGAGCAUCUAGUUCUAGAACAUCUUCCCUUCUUCUAGCUGCAUUCAACAGCGCACUGUCAAUAGGCCGUCGCACUGUCAAUAGUACAGAGGACGCGAGAAUCACGCUUGCGCAAGCACGAUACCAGCAUCUUCGCACCAUGCAGUCGCCACGACUUUAAAUGUACUGGGCGUUUGGCAAUGUACUGGGCGUUUGUACGGGAAGCAGCUAUGGAAAAAAUUAGUCUGGAUGAGAGCAGUUGGAGCAGGCCCGAAGCAUAGUGGAUGAGACAGAAACAGUGCUGGCCGCUUCGUAAAAAAAGACCGAAACAAAAACAUAAGCAAUUUUUACUUAUGCUCAACAUACUUGUUGGAUGAAGUUUGCAGGCGUGACUGGUAGUUUCCGGUUUCUUAUGCGCUCGCACUAGGUGGCGAUGGAGGGACUAUGACAUCUUAAUGAUCAUGCAUCCCUGACCGCUUCAGGAAUUCAUCCUUCGUCUUGAGGAUAGUUGAUGGUAAUUACUUAAAUGUGAGAAACACACUGAUGAAGAUGAUGAUAGCGCAAGCACUUGCUGCGAGUAAGACGGACGAACGUAGAGCUGAAUGCUCCAGAGGUGUAUGAUUAUCGGUUUUGAACCAUCAAGAUGUCCCUCUCUUACUGUUUCAAAAAAC